GAGAGCCGAAACAUCAGCGAUAUAUGAUGCACUAUCACGUCUCCCCUCUCCUCACAAACCAAGUAUUCCUUCUGAAUUUAGAGUGUUUACACACUGCAGGUUGGGCAGUGACACAGUAGGAGAGUAGUCCCUUACUGCACAGGGGUGCAUUUGCAAUGCAAAGGUCUGCAAAACGUGGUCACACUUCCUGGGCUUGAGUUUGGUUACAGCCUUCUACCAUUCCGCCUUAAAAAAAGAUCAUUUGUUUUAAUUUAACUGGUAGAAAAAAAGAGAAUAUGCUGCAGAUUUUUUUUUUUUAAAAUCUUAAAUUAAUUUGUGUAGUUUUACACAAGUUUUCACGUGGAUGUUUUUUACAGAAACCAAGCGCUGCUCGAAUGAAUCAUUGUGGAUGUAAUUGUUCAUUAAGUUCCUAGCGGUAAGCAGCCGACUAAUUGUUUAACUGUCGCAGUAAACCGCGCCGCGUCUCGGUCCUCACGAACACGCGACAAGAAGGUGUCCGCGGCAGCGCGUUCUGGCGCGCGCUCCGCAGCUGUUGGGAGGGGCUCGCAGGAAUGGGCGUGUCCUAAGGCGGGUGGGCAGGGAUUAAAGGUCGUGGCUGGCAGCGGGUUGGUGAAUCAGGAUGCGGGAACGAGCGAGGGAGGGGGGGUGAGCGGCGAGGAACGCUCGUUAGGCCCCGCCCCUCCGAGCCCCUGGGGGCGGGGUUACCGCGAGCUCAUUUAGCAAUGGGUCACAAGCUCACCAGUUAGUUUUCAACAGGAUCACGAAGAGGAGUUGCGGACACUUGUUGUUCUCUUGGACAAUCCGCUCUCGUUUCCCCUCCCCUUUCCUCAGUGUCGAUAAAAGGACGAUCUACCUCGAGUCUCAUUUUGCUUCAUUUAGUUCCCUUCUACCUUCCAAUUCCGCGUUAUUAUCAUCGCGUUUGCUUGUACAGGAGCUCAGUCUACGAGUUCCGCCGUUGCACUAUUUUCGUUCGCGCCGCGCUGUUCCUCGUGUUGUCGUCGUCGUCGUCGUCGCUGUGUGUUUUUUUUUUUUUUUUUCUUUUUUUUUUUCUUUUUCUUGCACUAAAUCCCGCCGGUGAAGAUGCACACCACGCAGAAGGACACGACCUACACCAAGAUCUUCGUGGGAGGACUUCCAUACCACACCACGGACUCGAGUCUCAGGAAAUACUUCGAGGUGUUCGGGGAGAUCGAGGAGGCGGUGGUGAUCACCGACCGGCAGACCGGCAAGUCCAGGGGUUAUGGAUUCGUGACGAUGGCAGACCGGAGCGCAGCGGACAGAGCCUGCAAGGACCCCAACCCCAUCAUUGAUGGAAGGAAGGCCAAUGUCAACUUGGCCUACCUGGGAGCUAAGCCCAGGGUGAUGCAACCAGGCUUUACCUUUGGUGUUCCCCAGAUACAUCCAGCAUUUAUCCAAAGGCCUUAUGGGAUCCCUGCUCACUACGUGUACCCCCAGGCCUUCGUGCAGCCCAGCGUGGUGAUACCCCAUGUCCAGCCAGCCGCCGCCACAGCCACCGCCUCCUCGCCCUACAUCGACUACACUGGCGCCGCCUACGCCCAGUACUCCGCUGCGGCGGCGAGUGCCGCUGCAGCCGCCGCCGCCUAUGAGCAGUACCCGUACGCCGCCUCGCCUGCAGCGCCGGGCUACGUGGCCACCGCUGGCUACGGCUACGCAGUCCAACAACCUCUGGCAGCCGCCGCCCCGGGUUCCGCUGCCGCCGCUGCAGCCGCGGCAGCCGCCUUCGGCCAGUACCAACCCCAACAGCUGCAGGCGGAUCGCAUGCAAUAGCAGCCCUUGGACCGGCUGGACAUAUAGGGGUGGAGGCUGUGCAGGACCCCAGCCGCUGCAUGGCUGAGUGAGGAGGGAGCAGCAGGGCAAAGGGGCAGAUAUUGUGAAGGAGUCAGCUCUUGGGUAGAGGUCGUGGUGAAAUGGAAAUCCCUUGGUUUUCCAACUUGCAGUGAUUAUAGCAAAAAGGAAAGGAGGAGAAAAAAAAAAAAAAGGAAAAAAUAAGCAGAGCAUACUGAGGAAGAUUUACUUUAUCAAUAAUAUUAUCAACAACAAUAUGACUAUUAUUGUAAUUGUUGUUAUUAUCACUGUUAUUUUAUUAGGAUAUUUAUUAAGAGAGGAGAAAAGCAACAACUAAACUGGUAUUAAUGUGGGCAAGGCCUUAAAUUCCACUUUCGUUACAAUGAGUAUAAUUUAGGAAAUGCUUUUCUUUAGAGGACAUUUAGACAUGUCCCUGUAUGUUUUGGUUCUGAAGGCCUGUAUCAUAUAUUUAUUAUCCUUUUGAAGGCUCUUUUUGUACUGUCUUCUCAAGUGCAUUGAAGUUUUUUCAGGGAAAUAUAGUAUUUUCCAGUGAAUUAAAGACCUCUACAGAUCAGGGACUUGUAGCUGAACGCAUGGGAAAUAAGAAAAAUGAAGAAAGAAAACAAGUAGCUUAUAUCCUUAUGUAUAAACUACCUUCGAUCUUCCUAAUGCUGAAUGUCCUUUUCUACUUUAUCUUGACCUAUGCAAAACAAAACAAAAAAAUCCAGCUCAAUAAUUGAAACAAAAGACAGAUACUCCUUUUUAUAUAUAUAUAUAAAUAUAUAUAAAACCUUGUCUUCUACAAAGGGCAUCGAACAAUAUGAAAGCACCCCCGGCAAGGCGGAAAUUGGCUUUGAGAGGCGAGCAGACACGAUAAUUCCAAUACAGUCACACAAACACAAGUUGUCACAGAUGGGGAAAAAUAUACAUGUAUACAGGGCACGGCAACACAGGAACAGUGACGGCAUUCUCAUCUUCUUCUCUGGCUUUCCGCGGACAAGGAUUGGCCCUUGGGGACGGGGCAAGGCGCUGGAGUCCCAGCAGGGCCGUUGGCAGCAACAGUCGCAGCAUUAGCAGCUGCUGGGACCGUCGGCGGCACAGGCCGAGCGCUCUGGAAGGAACGCGUCACUUGUGCUCGUUUGUUGAGCUGUCACAUUUUUAAAUCCCCUCCACCCGUCCGUUUUGGGAACAGACUUCAACCGCUGGCGUCAGCAGCUCUGGCCUUAGAGCUAGGGGGGCUGGGAAUGGGAUUAGAUUGCGACAGAGACCUUUCUGUUUGCUGCACCUGUCCACCAGGGUGGGCGUUUGGAAAGGGGGACGGAUGGACGGAGGGACGGACGAGCGGAUGGGGCGCAGAGAAAUAUGUGAGAGGCGGAGCAGAAAGGCAGAAGACAAUGUGACGGUUAAAACCCUUCAAAAUCAGACUGUAACUUGUUAUCAAUGCCAGUGGACAUCUUGUAAUACUGUCCCUGUGUUUUUGUGCCCAUUUAUACAACUGAGUUUAUGACUGAAAGGUAAAGAAUAAAUUAAACAAAUAAACGGCUCCUUUCAUCCAGAAGACCUAAUUUUAUUAGCCCAUCUUUUUGUUAAAUAGCAGCACUGUUGUUGAAAGGGUUAAAAUAUGAGUAUGUGGUUCCUCCUGUGCCUUACAUGUGUUGUACUAUUUAAGAGAUCUAUUUAAGAUAUUUAUUUUGAGUCUGACAAUGUUGCGCACUAAGGAAGGGGACUUAGUGGCAGUACUGUAUAACUGAUAUGUAUUCAUCUCAUGGCAUAUAAGUUAUUGAGUAGUAGCAGUAGUAAUGGUAAUAGAAAUGGUAGUAUUGCUAGCAUUAACAUAUUCAACCAAAAAUGUUGACAUAGGAUUUAUUUAAGAUACAAAUCUGUAUGUGCACUGUACUAUUAUAUAUUUUUGCCUCUUGAAUUUUAGAAUAUGACAUUAAAUAUUGGCUAGUUUUAUGCCUUUUGUAUGGAAACCUAUUUUAAAUUCAGGCCUGUUCUUGGGCAGAUAGUACUCUGCCUCUUUCAUGUUUAGAAAUGUAGACAAGAAAAUAUUAAAAAGAUAUAUAUUUAAAAAAAAAAAGAAAGAAAAACAAACAAACAAACAAAGCGCGGAAAAGCUGCUUUCUACAUUAGAAUGUAUGUUCUUUGUCCGGCUAGGAUAGCUGUGCUUCUACUGCUUUUAUAAUUCACAAGAUGGACUCUUUUACACUGUCAGCAAUUUUUAUACUUGAACUCUUUCUUACAAGGGAAUACAUGCAAAUAAACAACAAAAAACUUUUUAAGAGAGCUUUUCAUCGUCACUGGAUUACAGUAUGUAAAGUGUUUGCGGGAAAUGCCAGUGUUAUUUACUAUUUGAAUGCAAGUCAUGUUGGUAUUAUAUAAUUUCAGAUUUUCGGUACUAUUUACUCAAAGUGGGGAAAAAUAAAAGUUCUGUAUCCAA